GGUCCUGAGGCGGCGGGGAUGGCAGACGGAGAUGUGAACAGUUCCGAUCAAGGACCUUGGCGGGACUUAGCCAACAGCCCAUCGCGAAAAUCACCCGCUACCUCACAGCCUUGGGACCAGACUGCGUUUCUCUCCCCUCUCCAGUGUCCUCAAUUCCAGAUCCGAGAACCUCAAAAAAGGAUCAUGAAUCUGGAAAAGAGUCUUCAGUUCCUGCAGCAGCAGCACUCCGAAACCCUGGUAAAACUCCAUGAAGAAAUUGAAUAUCUCAAAAGGGAAAACAAAGAUCUUCAUUACAGGCUCAUAAUGAAUCAGAAGCUGCAGAAAAAGGGGAGCAUUUCUGGGUCCAGCAUGCCUUCGGCCAGAACCAACUGCAAGCCGAGUUCGGCCGGUCCCACACUUCUGCCGAAAACCAAACAGGCCAAAGGCCCCAAGAAGCCAGAUCGGAAGAGCAAAGACAGCGGAAAGCCGAAUCCAGCGGCGGUGGCGGAAGAGGAGGAGGAGGAAGAGGAGAGGGUUCAGAGCCCAAGGCCACCCUGGCAUGUCAAGGCAGAGAAAGCGACGGAGGCCGGGCCGGUCUGGGAGAAAGAAGUGGAAAGCCCGAAUCCGACAAUCUCGUCCGUCCUGAUAAGUCAACCCAAACUCAAGCCUUCCGCAGGGGCUUCCCCCUCCCUGGGCCUCCCCUCCCACCUGCAGAGGCUGUCCACCAUGCAGCAGUGCGAGGUGGCCAUACACCAGCUGUGGAACGCCAACCACCUUCAGGCCCAAGAGCUGCAGCACUUGAAAUCCCUCCUGGACAAGGUUUGUGGUGACAAGCGAAUCGCCAACCCCCUCCUGUUAUCCGGUCCUACCAAAGAUCCAGAGGGUACCCAGUUUCCCAAAGUGCCGGUGAAGAACACCCAUAAGAAGUGCGUGAUCCUGACUCCUCUCCCCGUGGCCGAGAGAGCAGUGUUGCCGGCCCUCAAGCAGACCCUGAGAAACGGCUUUGCCGAAAGACAGAAGAGAACGCAGGAGAUCCAAAGAAGUCGCCUCCGCCGGACAGUGCUUUAACGUCGCCGCUUGGGGCCAGGCACAUUCCAAUUAUUUUCCCCAAACCAUCCACGACCCUACCCACUCCCCACCGCAACACAUUAAA